AUUGCAAGUUGCAAGGCGGGACAGAGGGCGGAAGCUCCAAAGUCAUAUGAUCGAUUCGUGAUAGCUCUUGCUGUUCGCCGUUCGCCUAUCGCCUAUCGCACGUCGCACAUCGCAAAGAUGGCCAGCCAGACGCAGGGUAUUCAGCAGCUUCUGACCGCCGAGAAGCGCGCUGCGGAAAAGGUCUCGGAUGCUAGAAAACGUAAAGCACGCCGUCUGAAGCAGGCUAAAGAAGAAGCUCAGGAUGAAAUUGAGAAAUAUCGGCAGGAACGCGAGAAACAAUUUCGUGAGUUUGAAGCCAAACAUAUGGGUUCAAAAGAAGAUGUAGCUGCACGCAUCGAGGCAGAUACACGAAUCAAGAUAGAAGAAAUGAAUCAGACCGUUGCUGUGCACAAAAACGCGGUCAUGCUUAAGAUUUUGGACUUGGUGUAUGAUAUCAAGCCAGAAUUGCACAACAAUUAUCGCAUUGAGCUCUAAGCCACAGGAAUUGCAUCUAAUAGUUAUAAAUAAUAUAAUAUAUAUUAAUGCUAUAUAUAAAUGUACACAUUAAAUAUUACUGUUCACUUACACUAUAUCUUACGUAUUUAUCGCUGUUAUAUCGUAUAUGACGUGUUACAUUUUAUUGAAAUAACUGUAUACAAUGUAGCUUUAGAUAGUCAUACUCAAACUAUUACUAGAAUCUUUUUUCCGCAAUUGUUACACGACAACCAUAUUGUCCAUAUUGUUAUUAUCGCUGAGCUGUUUUUGUCGGCACGUGUUUGGAUAGUUUGAGAAUUGCUGUAAUAAAUCACAUUGAAAAAAAAAAAAAAAGAAGUAUGGAUAUGAAGUAUCGUCCGGUGUGUCAUGGCCUAGACACAUUGGAACGAUAUAUUAUCAUCAAGAUAGAUAUGACUAAAGUGAUCUAGGGUGAUGGUAAAGAAUUCUAUGUUGUUAUAAAUGUAUAUAUAUUAGAUGUCAUUCCAUGAUUUCUGUCGCAUCGAGGACGCGAAACUUAACAAGAUUUUUUUUCUACAGCUUUUCGUGGUUUACGGACGCGCUCCCAAUCGAUAGUGAACCAUGUAACGUUGUAGUAACAUUUAAACUUAUUUUAUCUUUUAAAGCUAUUGUGUGACCUUUCGAAAUGAGUAACUUUGUCUCAUACACAUACACAUCCUGUCUGUAUAAGUUGAUUGGUUGUCUGUACAGUAUUAUAUAGUGUCCAAAAAUAAAAAAAAAAAGG